UAUUUUUCAGUGUUCAUAUUGAGAAAUUUGACAUGUGGGUGCAUUGAGGAACGAAGCAAUUUGCUUUAACCCCGUGAAGAAUACGGUAAUGUCUUGAAGCCCCGUGAAGAAACACAGGAAAAUGGUCGCGGUAGAAAGGUUCUUCAUGCCGCCGCAACUCGGGCUUUGCUCCUUGUGGCUUGUUCUUGCCGCACUCGAGUUGGAAGUGAAACUUACGCAGUCGACAUCAGUUUCAGAGGCAGAGAAGCAUUUGGAAUUGGGAAAACAGAUGCUCGCACGUGGGCAGUUUCAAGAUGCUUUAGAUCAUUUUCAUCGCGCAAUAGAAGGGGACCCAAGUAAUUAUUUGACAUACUUCAGACGAGCUACAGCGUUUCUUGCUCUUGGGAAAGCCCGUGCUGCCCUUCCUGAUCUCGACCAAGUGAUUUCUCUGAAACCUGACUUCGUAGCGGCGCGUUUACAACGUGGGAAUGUUUACCUCAAGCAGGGAAGACUUGACGAAGCUCAUAUUGAUUUUGAAAAUGUCCUUCGGUUCGAUCCUGGUAACGAAGAAGCCAACCAGCAUUACGCCGACAUUGAACCCAUUGGGAUCGACAUUCAUAACGCAGAAGAGGCGUUUUCGGAGGGAGCCUAUGCCGAAGCCGUGAAUAUUCUUUCUCGAAUAUUGGAGCGAUGUCCGUGGAGUGUGAAGUUGCGUGAGAUGAGAGCUGAAAGCUUUUUGCGAAUGGGUGAUUACAUGAACGCGAUUUCGGAUUUCAAGUCGACUGUGAGGCUAACGCCGGAUAACACAGCCGGGGAAUUUCGAGUUUCCAAGCUUCACUACGAGAUGGGAGAAGCUGACGAGUCAUUGAAUGCGGUGAGAGAGUGUCUGAAGUUGGACCCGGAUCACAAGGAGUGCUUCGACCACUACAAGAAGGUGAAGAAGUUGGCGAAAAUUGUGCAGGAAAUGGAGGCCUCAUUCGAAGCUGAGCAUUACGAAGAUUGCGUUGCAGCUGCGCGGAAAGUGAAGAAAGCUGAGCCCUCGCACCAACGGUUUCUGACGCGUGCGCAGGACAGGCUGUGUUACUGCACUACCAAAGGCAGCGAACCUACGGAAGCAUUGAAAGCCUGCUCAGAAGCCAUUCGUCUCGAAGAGAAUCCCAGGUUUUACUGUGAUAGAGCUGAUGCUCACUUGGCCCUGGACGAAUUCGACGAAGCUAUCGCGGAUUUCCAAAGGGCAUCUCAGCUUGAUGAACGCUACGACAGACCGCGGGAAGGCGUUCAGCGAGCCCAGAAGCUCAAGAAAUCCGCGGGGAAAAGAAACUACUACAAGAUCCUCGGUGUGAACAAGAACACUCCGAAGAAGGACAUUGUGAAGGCGUACCGGAAAUUGGCGCAAAAGUGGCAUCCGGACAAUUACACCGACGAGGACGAGAAAAAGGCGGCGGAGAAGAAGUUUAUGGACAUUGCGGCGGCGAAGGAAGUGCUGACGGAUCCCGAGAUGCGGAAAAAGUACGACAUGGGCGAGGAUCCCCUGGAUCCCGAAUCCCAAGCUGGACAACAAUUCAACCCCUUCCAACAUUUCCAUUUCCACGGGCAACCCUUUCAGUUCAAGUUUCAAUACAACUGA